AAUAAUUAAGCAAGUGAAAACUAGGAUAGUGUGAAAAGGGUGGAGAGAGAAGAAGCAAUAGUAGAAAGAAGAAUCUACUAAAAAAGGAAGCAACAUUUCUUCUUCUUUUCUCAUCUUCUACUUCUACAUCUUCACACACUACAACACCACACCACAACAAUCUUCUCUCUUUCCAUUACGGACUUCGCCGGAGCCAUGACCGGCGGCGGAUCGUCGGGGAGGUUACCGACAUGGAAAGAGAGAGAAAAUAAUAAGAGAAGAGAGAGAAGACGAAGAGCUAUUGCUGCUAAGAUCUAUUCUGGUCUUCGAGCUCAAGGUAACUUCAAGCUUCCUAAGCACUGUGAUAACAACGAGGUUUUGAAAGCUCUUUGUUCUGAAGCUGGAUGGAUCGUUGAAGAAGAUGGAACUACUUAUCGAAAGGGAAGUAAGAGACCACUGCCAAAUGAGAUUGGAGGAACUCCGCCGAAUAUGAGUGCUUGUUCUUCGAUUCAACCUAGUCCACAAUCUUCUUCGUUUCCAAGUCCACAAUCCUCUUCGUUCCCGAGUCCAAUACCAUCCUACCAUGCAAGUCCAACUUCAUCGUCUUUCCCGAGUCCAACUCGAAUGGAUGGAAUUACAAACCACUCUUCCUUUCUUUUACCAUUCAUUCGCAACAUAACUUCUAUCCCUACAAAUCUUCCACCCCUUAGGAUUUCCAACAGUGCUCCGGUUACUCCACCUCUUUCUUCUCCAAGAAGUUCAAAGAGAAAAGCAGAUUUUGAAUCCCUCUCUAAUGGUUCUUUUAACUCCUCAUUUCGCCACCCUCUUUUCGCUACCUCUGCACCGUCAAGCCCCUCGCGUCGUAACCACUUACCCCCAUCCACCAUUCCGGAAUGUGAUGAGUCAGAUGUUUCAACAGUGGACUCUGGUCGGUGGGUUAGUUUUCAGACAACAACUGCCCACGGUGCAGCUCCUCCUUCCCCUACUUUUAAUCUCAUGAAACCAGUAAUGCAGAAGAUUACUCCCCAGGGUUCGAUGGAUAUGAUUCAUAUGAAUGAAGGCAUGCAAUGGACUUCAGGUUCAGCCGCUGAGAGAUGUAGAGGCUCAGAUUUUGACUUUGAGAAUGGAAGAGUCGUGAAGCCGUGGGAAGGGGAGAGAAUUCACGAGGUAGGAAUGGAUGAAUUGGACCUUACUCUGGGGUUUGGUAAGGCUUGAUGAUGAUCAAAACACAUUUGUGUUCUACAUUAUACACCGUUUCGAAAAAACAAAGAUUCAGUUGCAAUUCCUCAAAAAGUGUGCCUGCCUAUCUGGGUUAGCAAGGACAUUGCAUGGAUUUGCUACUUCUGCAUUAGUCAGGGAAAUUCCAAAUUGGGUGUUAUGCUCUAUUUUCCUUGUGUACAGUUCUUUUAUAUAGCUGUGGUUAGUGGUUACUCUAUAAAAUUUGACUUCAAUUGUAAUGCCUUGUUUAUUGUUGAAGAGUUGCAUUUCCAGCAACCUUAAGGAAGUAUUUUGAGACUUGAAUCUUACCAAGAUCAAGGGAAACAAGGUGAUACUCUUGCUUCUCUUACUGAUGACAUUUUGACAUUUUUCUUCAUCUUGAUAAUUCAUUACACGUCUGAGCAUCCAACUAAGUUUUUGUAUUGUGUGUUUGUUAUGGCUAUAAAUAGUUUCACAUUGUUUGAGAUA